AUGUCGCAACCAAAGAUUUCGCUGACGUACUUCAACAUAGAAGCUGCGGCUGAGAAAGUCCGCCUAGCGCUCGUCAUGACUGGUACAGAGUUCGAGGACAAGCGAGUGACUUUCGAGGAGUGGGGAGCCUUGAAGCCUACUACACCCUAUGGCCAGCUGCCACUGAUGACCGUUACAAAUCCAGACGGCUCAGUAAAGACGUUUGCACAGAGUGUGGCCAUGAUGCGAUGGGUGGCCCGCAAGUUUGACACGACAGACACGCUUUAUCCGGCAGACCCUGAUAAGAUGCUCGAGAUCGAGGAGGUCAUUGGCUUGUCUGAUGACAUGACAAAGGCAUGGCAGCCGUCCUUGUACAUGGGAAUGGGCCGUCAUGCGCAGUACGGACAUCCGGAGGAAUGGCCAGAAGCAAAAGAAACAGUGAAGAGAAUGCGGGAAACGUUCAUUGCAGAGGGGAUGCCGCGCUUCAUGGCUUUCUUCACAAAGAAGCUUGAGGCCACGGGAGCAUUCUUCUGCGGAGACAAGCCCACCAUUGCAGACUUGCAGAUCUUGGCGCAACUGCGAUAUUUCACCAAGGGUGUUGCAGACCAUGUCCCUGCAGACUGCCUGGCCCCUUACCCAGUUGUGACUGCCUGGAUGGACCGGAUGCACGCCAUUCCGCAGAUAAAGGCCUGGUACAAGCUCUAG